AGGUCUUAUCUAUGUAGGCCACUACCUGUCUCUCCAGUUAUGCCUUGUGCAUCCAAAUAAAACAAUGAUGUUGACGAAUUAAAGACACGUCAGACUUUGGGCAACCUUGAACAGCUGGCUUCUCAUUGAACCGCAUCACCUACGGAAAAGCUGACACCAUGGACUCAUUCGAGGGCCGAGCUCGUGCACAAGCCGUGACCUCGUGUCACCGGACAAGGUUUUUCUUUUUUCCUCUUUUAUGACCCAUGACGCAAUCCCACUGCACAGUGUGUCAGCUGCCGGUGAUGAGUAUAAAUAAGCACAACACCUUGUUCCCUGGACUUAGUCCGCAGACUGGGUCGGCUCUACCUGUUGGAGGACACACACGCAGGCUGCAGCGGCAACAUCUCUGAGCUACAGAUCACCGUCUGAAACAGAAGUAGCAGGAAUCAAACAAGAGAAGAGCCAACAUGGGAGUCGAGAAAAUGGAAAUGGAAGACUCCACUCUCAUGGAGAAGGGCCAGAAGAAGCCGGCUCCCCCUGCUCCCAACAGGUAUGAGAGGCUGUUCCAGCCCUGCUUGGCCGAGAUGAUCGGGACCAUGUUCUUCGUUUUCGUCGGCUGUGUGUCGGUCAUCGAAAACGUGCCUGCAGCUGGACGCCUGCAGCCGGCUCUGGUGCACGGACUGGCUGUGGCUGUGAUGGUGGCGGUCAUGGACAACAUCAGUGGCUCCCACUUCAACCCUCCCUUCACAAUUGCCAUUUACCUAUGCGGAGGCAUGGAGCUGAUGAUGGUGGGACCUUAUCUUGCCUGCCAGCUGAUUGGAGGAGUGCUCGGAGCGGGAAUGUCCAAGAUGAUGACCCCCACAAAUCGAUACUUCAACGCCACAGGAGCCGCGUUCGAUAUCCUCAAGUCCGAGAGCCAGCUGUCCGGGGCCAUCUUCGGGGAGGUGGCCAUGACCUGCCUGAUCACCAUGGUGGUGCUGCUGGUGGCCGUCAACCACAAGACCAAGACCCCAUUGGCUCCCUUCCUGGUGGGCUCCACUGUCAUCAUCAACGUCUUGGCAGGAGGUGAUGUAUCGGGGACGUGUCUGAACCCAGCCAGGGCUUUCGGCCCCGCAGUGAUGACCAACUACUGGACCUACCACUGGGUGUACUGGGUGGGACCCAUAGGAGGAGGUGUGGUGGCUGCUGCUCUGCUCAGGCUCGUCCUCGGUGAUGACAAGUUACGAGUGGUUAUGAAAUCAUAACAGCUUUUAUUGUUUGUUUAUCGCCCUGGCGAUAAUAAUCCUGUUAAACGUCUGCCUGUAUAGUUUUUUAUUCGUCAUGCCAAAAUGUUUUUAUCUGUGUAAGGGUGUAAGGCCCC